AUGGGUUCUCUUGAGCAAGAUACUGUUACUGGUCCCUCCGUCUAUCAACAUAUUGUAGUCGAGGGCCUCCCUUACGACCGGGGUCUGUCGCACGGGACACAGGUUAAGGACAAGAUUCAUACCAACGUUGCCUACUACAAGCUCCCGGGAAAGCUGCCAUGUUGGUCUAUCUGCUCCAGAAUCAUCAACGAUGUCUACCUUCCUGCCUUUGAAAAGCUAUGGCCUUCGGGCCUCCAGGAACUCCGCGGAAUCGCCGAGGGUGCUGAUGUGCCUCUCGAAGAAAUCAUCAUGCUCAAUGCCCGAUACGACCUGGCCAGGACAAUGUAUUUACUAAAAGACGGCGGGAGAGCAGACCCUGAGCAGAAUGGGAGCGCUGGGUCCGACGAGAACGAGCUAGCCAAUGAAUGUACCAGCGGCUUCUUCACGCCAAAGGCUACAGAGUCUGGCGACUCGUUGGCCGUUCAGAACUGGGACAUGUCAAACCACCUCCACGAGCAGGACCUCGUCAUCUAUCUCGAGGUCCACCCACACCCUUCUGAGAAGAUACCAGCCAUGUUCAUCCUCACCGAGGCCGGCCAGCUCAUACGCACCGGCAUGAACGCCGCGGGCCUAGCCGUCACCGCCAACUCGCUCCUCUCGACAGCCGACUACGUGCCCAUCCCCUACACCGACCGCUCCGGCGUCUUCCACAACGUCAUCCCCAGGCCGGCGCUGCCUUUCUCCCUCGCGCGCCGCGUGUUCCUCGAGUACACCACCUACUCCGAAGGGCUCGUCGCCAUCAACGCCUUCCCGCGCCACGUCUCGGGCAACCUGCACGUCUCCACGGGCGAGGGCUUCGGCAUGGCGCUCGAGGUCGCGCCCGACCGCAUCUACAAGUACUACGGCGACGUCGACGAUAACUACGUCCUUCACAGUAACCAUUUCGUCGCCGAGGGCUUCAACGGCCGCGACGACGUGCGCGACCGCUACCCGGGCGGCAGCAGCUGGUUCCGCAUGCGGCGGGCCGAGAUCGGCGUCCGGCCUUACGAGGAUGGGCGUCUGACGGUUGAGCGCAUCCACAAGGCGUUCUCGGACCACCUGAGCUAUCCCGAGAGUCUGUGCCAGCACCCCAACUUCGACGCGCGGAAUGCGCCUAGCAAUGCUCUUACGGGAUACACGUCUAAACUUAGCAUGACGGUUGCCUUUGUGGUGUACAACCUGACGCGGAAGACCAUCACUGUGUGCAAGGGUCCGCCUUGCCAGGGACACCUGCAGGUGUUCAAGCUUGAGGAGCGUGCUGAGAACAAGAAUGUUAUGUCGAAGUCUAAUAACGUGAAGGUGACUCCCAUCUAG